UCUGCGCUCACCUCCUUCCCGGAGACACAGAGGAUCACACACCAAGGAGGAGGACGGUCUGGAGGAGAUGGAUUAUGGAACGGAUAUUACACUUGCAGGCUGAAGGAUGAAGAGUAAGUGCACAUAGAUAAUAUGAGCUAGAUAUACAGAUGCAACUCCACAGCACUGUCCGGACAAGCGCGCGGAGGCCAGGACUCGAAGCGUGGAAGAUCAUCACAUCAGAAGAAGCACAAGGCAGAGCUACCAAUACACCUAUGUGAAGAUGUCCCCGGUGCUCUUUGGAGUGAUUUUGGCUAACGCUGUGUUUAAAGGUACGUGUGAACCAACUCAGUCAUGGUCGGACAGGGCAGAAAGAGGACUUUGGGACGUGCCAGACUCUCACCUUCUGGUCCAGAAAGAUGCAGUGUACCAUCUCGUGAACACAUCGUUCACUUUCCCAGAAGCUGUGCGUUACUGCCGUGGUCAGUCCAGCAGCCUCCCGACCUCAGGGGUCAAAGAGGACGAGGAAGGGGCCCAGACGUUGCUCUCUAAAUCCAGCCUGCGGGGCCCGGUUUGGUUUGAAACCAACAAAAAACAGAACCCGACAACUCAUCUGGCUCUUCCUAAACAACAAACGCUCCUCAGAGGGCUAUCUUUCACGUCUAAGGAGGGCUACGCGCGUGUGAACGCGUCCUUCCCGCCGCUGUCCGCGGUGAGCGUCUGCUUGCGCGUGCAGUGGGAGCCGCGGCGCGACGACGUGUCCACGGUGUUCUCGUACGCGGCGCGAGCCUUCGUCAAUGAAUUCCAGCUGCGCGGAAAGACGGACAACAGAAAAGUCCGCCUGGCGCUCCUCGUUCAAGGACAGCAUCACGGCUACAAAGCCGAGCUGCCCGUUGACGGAGACUGGCACCACGUCUGUGUCACGUGGCGCUCGAGCGAUGGGUUUUGGGCCAUUUACGUGGACGGGGAGAUGGGAGACUCGGACAAAGGGAAAGCUCGGGGAAAUGGAAAGGACAUCCACGGAGACGGAAUAUUUAUACUGGGCCAAGACCAGGAUACUUUUGGUGGCAAUUUCACGGAGCCGUUUUUUGGGAACAUGACCGAUCUGAGCGUCUGGGACGAAGCUCUGGAGUCAGAGCAGGUGACCGCCCUGCGCACGUGCUCGCAGCUGACCAAUCACAGAGCCUUAUUCAGGUGGAGCGACUGGACCCUCGCUGUCCACCAGUCCGUCCGGAAUGUGUCUGCUGCACUCACCUGUCCAGGGUCCCUGAAGACAACCCAGAAACAGGACGAGGACUGUGAUGUUUUUAGUGGCUGGUCUGACCCUCAGCCUCAGUACAGCACUGCCCCCUGCACACACACGCUCCCCUUCAUCUGCAGAGUCAGCAAAGACCAUUAUCUGAAGAUGAAGGACUUGAAAGAAUCUCUGACGUCCGACCCCAGCUCCUUCAUGCAAAGUCUCAUGCAGUAUGGCGUGACCGCAGACGACGUGCUCUCCGAUUCUGUGGAUGGGCAGAGCUGGACCUCAGUGUCCCGUCUGCUGAGUGUUUCUGAGCAGGUUGUUCUGAAGGAGCAGAAACAGCUGGAGGACAGGGACAUGGCCUCUCUGAUGCACAUUCUCUCUCGGGCCGCUGACCUGCCCAGCACUGCCAACCACAGCCGGCGUGAUGCGGAGCAGCUCGGCCAGAGCUUCAUCAACCUCGCAGAGUCACUCAUCAGCCAAGAAAACCUCAGCAAAUGGAACAGCAUCAAAGAGGUAGUGAAGGGCCCGAUGGCGGUCAUGCAGAAGGUGGACCGCAUGGUGAGCAACCUUAACUCUCUGCUGAUGGACGACACGGACAGUGUGCAGAUACACAACAGCAAUAUCAAGCUGCAGGUCCAGCAGAAGCUGCUGUCUGAAGCUUCUCGUGUUUCUGAGUUUUGUGGGUUGGAUGUGGGAAACCAUGACUGCAUCUCGUUCCCCGCUGAAAACAUGAAGGAACUACAGAACAAUGGCUUCAAAACGGUGACUUUGCUGAACACAUGGUACAGCUCCGUGAAAUGCUUCUCAGAGAGAGAGGAGAACAUUACCCUUUUUCCUAUAGUCAGUGAUGGAUCUCAUAGGCACGUGAGAACGGUCUUGGGCUCAUCGGUCAUCUCCAGUACAGUGCUGGCAGAUGGACAGCCAAUCAGCAUGGCCAUAAACUUUACACUCCAGCACAAGAUUCAGAACAGUUCACUGAACCUGACACCUAUCUGUUCUUUUUGGGAUUUUGAUCUGAUGCCGGAGGGGGGAGGGUGGUCAACAAACGGUUGCACCUCUAUUUCCACUAAUAAUAACUCAACUUCCUGUUCCUGUAACCACACUACCAACUUUGCCCUGCUGCUACAGAUCUCCGAAGUUCAGCUGAAUCCUGGUCAUGAGACAGGCCUGCAGAUCUUCAGUUUGAUUGGCUCUAGCGUGUCUCUGUGUGGUCUCAUCUUCACAUUUAUUCUCUUCAUGGCUGUUGGCGUUCCCAAGUCAGAUCGGACUACAGUUCACAAAAACUUGAUUGUGGCGUUGGCUGUAGCUCAGUUGCUUCUUAUUUUCAGCAAGUGGGCCGAGGGAAACCAGGAAGCCUGCUGGUUGGUGACGGCGCUCCUGCAUCUGUUCUUCCUGUCCUCUUUCUGCUGGAUGCUGGUGGAGGGCUUGCUGCUCUGGAGUAAAGUGGUCUCUGUGAACAUCAGCGAGGAGAGGCGGAUGAAGCUGUACUAUGCUCUGGGCUGGGGGCUGCCGGUUGUUAUAGUCGCCGUAACCUUGGCAGCCACUUUGGAUCAGUAUAAAGCGCAGCAGUACUGCUGGCUGAACCUUCAGUCGCAUGUUAUUUGGGCUUUUGCAGGCCCUGUGCUCUUUGUUUUGGCCGUCAACUCUGUGGUGCUCUUUCGGGUUGUGAUGGUCACAGUGGCCAGUGCACGCCGCAGAGCCAAAAUGCUGACCCCCAGUUCUGAAUCGAAACUUCACGCGCUGGAUCUUACCUGGGCAGCGACGAGGCCAGUAUUGAUCCUGUUACCAGUGUUAGGUCUGACCUGGCUGUGUGGAGUGCUGGUGCAUUUAUCUGUUGCCGUGGCCUAUCUGUUCAUCGCACUCAAUGCUUUUCAGGGUCUGUAUAUUUUUCUGGUGUAUGCCGUUUACAACAGUGAGGUGCGAAAUGCUAUAAGAAGAAUUCAGGACAAGCGAAAAGCUUUGUCAUUUACAAACUGCUCACAGCCUAUCAGCUUCUUGCCCUCCCAGAAAUCUCCCAGUGCUUCCUGGGUACAAAGCCUGCCGACUCAUUCCAGCCCAGAGAGCAGCGAGAGCUCGACUCCCAUCACCACCUCCGCAGCCAGCUCGCUCGUCUUCAAGAACGAACGGUUUAAAGAGGACCAUAUUGUGAAUUUCCCGUUAAAACCAGCCAACAGAAGUCAGGGGGUUCAGCUGACAGCCUUCAAGCCCUCAGGUAACCGUUUCACACGGACCACGUCCGCACCGAAUCUCUAGGGGGCGCACUAGUUCUUCACUGGCGCUUCUCAACGAAUCGCGCUUGUCGAAUCACACCCGAGCUCGACAUGUUGUCAAUCACAGUCUUGGUAUUUCACGAUUAAAGCUGCCGUUUCCCGCUCUGCUUCCCCGACAGGCUGUUGAGAGGAAAGCUACGCUGCGCUCCUGCGCGGACACGUGACUUCCCCCGGGGGCCAAGGCGUAGCUCGUUGUGUGGAGGAGCCACCGCUGCCUCCUCCGCAAUCCUGCAGGACCGUCUCGUUCCCAGAGCUCGGCCUGUGUUGAGUGAACGAGGGCUUUCUGAUAAACAUGAAACGACUCUUUCAGCAAACGUUCAGCGGUCAGCAGGGACUCCUCGAUGUCGCGUUCAUCAUUUUAUAACGUACACACGUUGUGAGAGCUACUGAAAGUGGAGCGCCACCACAACAUUAAUCGUGACCAGACAACAGAAUGAGUUGUUAGUGAUUUUCGACUUCGGUUGGGAACGAGCGGCCCAUCCGUGGAGAUUACAUUCGGUAUUUUGCAGGAUAGUAAAACUGCGGACAAUGAAACCUAUCAGCCGUUUGAGCUUUCUGAAGAGACUGUAUCUAGAUAUCAUUUCAGUGAGACGCUGCAUUUAAAAAAGAACAAAUGCUUAGUGCGCAAAAUAGCAUUUCUUUUUAACGAUUUAUUCUAUUCAUGCUGUAAUUCUACUACCCGUUUGAAAUAACGCAAAACAGUCAUGUAAAUAAAUAUUUUAUUGUAAUAGGCAUUCCCUAUUUUUAUACGAUGCAUAUAAAAUGCAUUACUUUUUUACUCCCACUAUUAAAACUAAUUUGUUUGUUUUGAUGUGGAAAGUGUAGUCAUUCAUGAAUACUGAUUUUUUAAUUUUAUUUUUAUUUUUCCAAAUGAUACAGUUGAUUAGAAUAAAACUGAAUAGAAAAAUAAUUGGUUCGAAUGGAUUUCAAAAGAAGCACUCUCUCUUUAUCCGCGCACAAAGGUGGCAACAUGUGUGAAUGUUUUCUGACCUUCCCAUAACCUCUUUUUAUUGGCACGCUGAAGAGACACUCAGAGCGGAGCAGCAUGUCUGUCUUUAGAAACAGACCCAUUCACAGUAAGAUUGCUUUUAGCCGCACACACACACACACACAGUCCUCAAACAACUCCGUGUCGUUUAUUUUAUUUUAUUGCAACCAAUUUUUUUUCAGUUAAAUGGAAAGACAAAUAAAUGUGUAAUCUAUGUAAAAAUGUGCUUUAAAUAGUUUAACUGAUACUGUUAAUUACAUUGUUUCAAUAAAUACCUUCUUUUGUCUCA